AUGGCACCUCCAAUGUACGCGGAUUUGGGCAAACAGGCUCGUGAUGUCUUCAGGAAAGGAUACCACAUUGGUCUGGUGAAGCUCGACUUCAAGUCGAAGACAAAAACAGGUGUAGAAUUCACCACGGGUCAGGUGAUCAACCUUGAAAAGAAUGUUGUGUCUGGGAACUUGGAUGUGAAGUACACUCAUGCCCCCCAAGGAAUCACAUGCACUGAAAAGUGGACUACUGACAACGUGAUCAACCUUGAGCUUGCCGCUGAUGAUGCUUUGGGCAAGGGAUCCAAGGUGUCCGCUGUUGGAUCGUUCUCCCCUUACACCGGUGUUAUAAUACUUAUAAUGAACUUUUCGUUUUUGCUUUCCAUCAGUGCAUGGAACGUGAUCGGCAAGGGACAGUUCAAGCACGAGAACGCAGCCGUCAACUUCGAAGCCGAUGUUUUCAACGGGCCACUUCUGAUGGGUGGAAUGGUUCUUGGUUACGGUGGUGUCCUCGCCGGCUAUCAGACUGCCUAUGAUGCUGGCAGUGGCAAACUGACCAAGUCCAACGUUAGCUUGGGCUAUAGCAUGAGGGAAGUCAACUUCAACUUGAGCAUGUGA